AUGGAAAGAAGUACAAAGGUCUUUGGUUUUAUUUUAAUCAUUUCAUACGCAUUAUUGUGUCACUCUGAACCGGUGAAUCACAGACAGCCAUCUCUAGACCUGGGCUCGGGUCAACACGCCAUCUUGAGACGUCCACAUGUCCCUCGACCAGAUCAAAAUCAGCCUAGUUUGGCAUCCAACAAGCUUCAAAAUCGUAUUCAAACCAGAGGACCUGCAUCCGCCCCAUCCUGGAGGGCCGCUCCAGCAAGGGCAGGCCCUCCGUCGCAAGAGUUUGUCCAGAACCCAAUCCAAGUGCAGUCCCAGAGAACCAACUACACACCCGUGCAAAGCCAAAUGAAUUUCAGACCUGAGCGAAGACACGAGUAUCCCACACAAAUUCAACAGAAACCCAUGGCAGGUCCUGUUCUCCAGUCUGUGGUGAAGGAUGAGGUCGUGAUGCAGUUGGUGUUUGAGCCAAAUACCCCAGUGCCUGCAAACUCUGUGGUGGUUCAAUGUGGAGAGGUUUCGGUCAAAGUUCACGCCCAGCAGGAUUUCUUAGGAAACAGGCAGUUCAUCGAUCCGUCUGAUCUGACGCUAGGUGGAUGUCCGUUUGUUGGAUUCGAUGACCAUGCAAGGAUUGUUGUCUUUGAGUCGGUGCUAACAGAUUGCGGGAGCACACUCACGAUGACUGAAGACACACUCGUGUAUUCUUUUGCUUUGAUGUAUUCAUCUUCACCUGUUCCUAACACACCCAUUGUAAAGACCAACGAUGCUAUGGUUGCUAUUCAUUGCAUUUACCCGAGGAAACAGAAUGUGAGCAGCAAUGCUUUGAGACCCGCUUGGAUUCCUUACGCUGCACUGAAAACUGGAGAAGACCACUUAAAGUUUUCUCUCAAGCUCAUGACUGAUGACUGGAAGUUUCAGAGACCCUCCAGUACAUACUUUCUGGAUAAUUUUAUAAAUCUGGAAGUGUCUGUGGUCCGCGCUAGUCACGUACCCUUGCAGGUUUUUGUGGAAAGUUGCGCGGCUACUUCGGGUCCGAGUGGGAACGCAGCCACGGUUUACACCUUCAUUGAGAACAGUGGGUGCAUGGUUGAUGCCAAGCUGACAGGUUCCAGGUCCACGUUCAUGCCCAGGAUUCAAGAUGACAAGUUACAAUUUCAGAUGGAGGCGUUCAGGUUUAAGCAAGAUCACAGCGGAACGAUCUACAUAACUUGUCAUUUAAGAGCUACAGCGACAUCUAGUCCCCUUGAUUCAUUGCACAAGGCCUGCUCAUUUGUAUUGGGAUCUAACAGCUGGGUGGCUGCGAGCGGAGACGAUCAUUUGUGUGGUUGUUGUGAGACGAGCUGUGCUGUAAGGAAGGGAAGAAGUUUAGAUACUGAAGAGUUUUCCAUCGACUAG